AUGGAGCAGCAUGAAGCCUUACAGCUACGUUACGUACACCAAGUAGGCGUAGUACAAGAAAGAUUUCAGGAGUAUCUGGAAGCUCGAAUCAACGACCCAGCAUCUGAGGCAGUGAGUUUGCACUCCUCACGACACAGCAAUCGUGAAGGUUUGCAGUUUAGCUCCCGCCAUCCCCUCUUGAGAAGUGACGACGUCACGUCUAACAGGGCUCAACCUUCUCAAUUGACCAGCAGAGCGGCACCACGCAACAGUAUUGAGUUAUCGGUAGGCUUAGAACGGGUUGAUGUUCGUGAUGGAACUGAUUUGGAGAUGGAGCAAGCCGAAAGGGACCUUCAACGUUUGAUUCUGGAGGUAGAUGACGGAGCCAGUUCCCGUUCCGCAUCAAGAGGAUUUAAAGACAUCGUCGGAUGGUGUGACAACCAGCGCCGGUGGAUCUCUCCUGAAGCAGAUGGAAGGGCGGAUAGCCUACCUGAUGAGUGGAUCGACCUUUACAGUUCCGGCCGACUGCUGCCAAUACACGACCAGAACCUAGGUUCUCGCUCUUCAGUGAGGGCGGAUUUGGAGCUUUAUUACGGCAAAGCCCUAGAUUGGUUUUGUUGGAUCGAUUUAUUUCGAGCCUUAGUGCACGACUCGAACAAAUCCGCCGGCGAAAAGCUCGCACUACUUAAACGACAUUUGAGAGGAGACUGUGCCGACAUAGUGCAUGGCUUGGGAGGAGGUGAAGCAGCCUAUAUUGAAGCCCUUACAAGACUAAAGCAGACGUGUGGCAGACGUGAUGUGAUGCGGGCAGCACACUUGCAGGCCAUUGAUAAGUUAGAGCUGAAGCACGAUCCCUCUAACUUCAAACGCUACGCGGAGAAGUUACGCACUCAUCUUUUCGACCUCAGCUGGAUUGGAGUGACCUCUUCCGCAGAUCUAAUCGAAAGGGUCUGCCAACGCCUACAGCUACAAGACCGAUUAGCCUGGAAUAUGGAGCGUCGUGGGGAAGUUGAAGAUCGCACAUUAAACUCGUUUGGAAGUUGGCUCUGCGUUCGCGCAUCCGCCUACCAAAACGCCUAUAGCAUAGCAGCCGAUCAGUUACCUUCACCUUCUACCAAGACUAAUCAUCGUCAUCAAGUCCGGUCACAUCAAAGUGUCACCAAAACUCAGACCGAAGUCACCCCGCCGAAACCAAGAGUAGUAGUCGCUUUCUGUUUUCGCUGUGAAAAGGAACAUCGUCUCGCCGAAUGCGAAGAUUUUAAGACCCUCUCAGUGGGAGACCGAGUAGGUUUGUGCGCCAAACAUCGACUGUGUUUCAGCUGCCUGGGAUCGAAACAUAGUGCAAGAGAUUGUAAUUACAGGAAGGCCUGCAAGUUCGAAGGUUGUAAAUAUACUCACCACCCCCUCUUGCACGAUUUCUCAAGUGGCCUAAGUGAAAGUGCCCGAAACAACACUCUACGAGCCGCCCAACCAGCUCGUCACAAAAUUGCCAUGAGGAUGAUACGCUUAGAAAUCAUUGCCGCUGAUGGUACGAUAACUCCAACGAACGUCUUCGUAGAUGAAGGAAGCGAUACGCCGUUGAUGAGGCAAGGACUUGCAAGCCGCUUGAGCAUUCGGGGCCCUCGACAAGUAUUAGAAGUGGAUGGGGCCGGUGGAGUUGUCAACCGUUAUUCUUCACAGAAAAUCGAAAUCCAGAUGCGCUCAACUACCGGGGAAACUUUUAAGUUGCUGCUUUCCACCUUACCACAAGUAGCAGCACCUACACCGAAGAUCGACUGGCCGAAUCUGAAGCACCGGUGGGCUCAUCUGUCCGACCUACCAGUUAAGGAAACGGGUGGACCAGUUGAUGUCCUGAUAGGAAUGGAUUACGGACAUCUGUUGGCGGUAUUAGAGUCGAGAUACGGAGGGGAAUCUGAGCCAAUAGCUUCUCGUACGAGGUUGGGGUGGAUCCUUCGGAGAGUUAUCGACAGAGACUCCACUGUGACUACAGCGAGGCUUCACAAGAUUACGAACGAGUUUCGCAGCUGUGACAAUAUCAACAUCAACUAA